AUGAGCGACGCUUCGGGGGACGAGCGCCCCGCCGCGGACGCGAAGAAGCCCCGGCAGAAGCGCUUCAAGUUCAAGAAGUUCGAGGAGCGGAUCAAUGAGAUCGACGUCGACAUCCACAGGGCCGUCAAGCGCGUGCGGUCGGACCCGCUCCCGGGCCACGAGUCCUUCCUGAGUGAGCACCUGCAAAAGUGGCGCGACACGAACACCGCGGAACACUUCAAUGAAUUAUACAAGACGCUCCGGCCGCUGUGCCAGUCGAUGCCGCUGGUCGUCCACAACGCGCAGGCGAUCUUCGACCUCCUCGUCCGCGACUGCCACCUCGGCGCGCGCCUCUCGCUCCCCGCGACGCUCGGCCUGCUCGGGGUACUCCCCCGAGACCUCCAGGGGGACUUCCGCCCGCUGUUCCCCGCCCUCGUCGACGCCCUCGCCGACCUGAUCGAAGCCGGCGGCGACCGCGACCCCGAGGUCCUCGAGCUCGCCUUCACGUGCCUCGCGCACGUGUGCAAGCACCAUCACAGGUUCCUGCAGUCCGACCUGCCGCUCGCACUGCGGCAGACGGCGCGCCUGCGGUACUCCAAGGUCGACCACGUGCGGUCCUUCGCGGCCGAGGCCCUGGGGUACCUCGUGCGCACCGCGCCGCACGGCGCCGUCGCCGCGGCGGUGCGCGCCGUGCUGGUGGAGCACGCAGCGAUGCCGACGACGGAUCGCACGGACGGCGCCGGUGCGUUGCUCGCGGAGGCGGUGUGCGGGGCGGCGAACGGGCUGCACUCGCGCGCGCCGGCGCUGCUCGCGCUGCUGCUCGCCGCGGACCCGAUAUCGGUGAAGCACUUUAAAAGCGCAGACGCGGUGCCGGAGGUGGGGGUGUUGCGGGCGCGCGUGACGGCGGUGUGCUGCGCGGCGCUGUACCGCAUCCUCGAGCACCUCCGCCGCGGGCGCUGCGCGGAGCUGUGGGACGCGGUCGUCACGGCUGCGCGGGAGCGCUUGGCGACGGCGGAAGCGGUGGCGGGGAAGGGCGGCGCGGGGGGGGACGCGGAGGCGAGGGACGCCGUUCCGCACGCUGCGCGCGCGAUCGGGCUGCUCUCGCAGAUGGUCGAGCACCGCGGGGGGUCUCGCGUGGAGGACUAUUCGGUGUUGUUGGGGGUGUGUUCUUCUGUGGCGCUGAGCAAGGCGUUCACGGCGCGGCACGCGGCGGAGGACGGGGGAGAUGGCGCGGAGUACGACAUUGACGACUACCGCAAGCAUCUGGCGCCGACGCUGACCGGACAGGCGCUGCGGCUGGCGGCGGCAGUGGUGCGUGGCCACGCGAAGGUCGUCGGGGCGUCGCGCGGCGUGGCGGCGCUGGCGCCGCUCGUAUCGGCGUGGGCGCCGCUGUUCACGCGCCCGCCGACGCGCGAGACGCUGCCGUUCGUCCGCGCGCUCGUCGGCGGGCCCGCGGGGGCUGAGGUUGCACGGCUGAUGUCAGGCCCCAUGCUCGGCGCCGUCGGGCGCAGCCUGCUCGCCGAAGACGCCGAAACCGACGAGCUCGCGCUCCCGCUGCUCCAGGACGUGUGCGCCACCGCGCAGCCGCGCCCUGCCGGCGCCCCGGGGGGGCCUAAAGCGGGACUCCCCCUCAUCCUCACCGCGCAGCCGGGGGGCCCGCAGCUCGCCGCGAAGGUCCGAGAGACCGCCGCGCGGCCGCUCUCGACCGACGACUGCGCCUCUGCGCGGCCCGCGAAGCGCGCGAAGCGCGCCUCGGCCCGCGGCGCGGAGCCAAAAGACCCCCGGGGCGUAUUAGACGCUGCUGCGAUCCGCGCGUCGUGGUGCGCGGCCCGCUGCCUCCCGUACACCACGAACGACCCCGAGGACGCCCUGCGGCACCAGGACGCGGCGAUGGAGGCGAUGCGCGCCGCGCUGGCGGCCGCCGACACCAAAGACGCAGCGUGGCGGUCCCUCCACGUCGCCAGCGCCGAGGCGUUGCGGUCCUGCGCUGCGGCGCACGCCGCGCUCGGGCACGCGCCCCGCGUCCAGGAGCUCGCGGACCGCGCCCUCGCGACCGUGCGCGCGCACCCACGGUCGUUCCACGCCCUGCGGGCCGCGGCGGACGCGCGCAGCCACCUUCCGCAAGCGGCCCAGCGCGCCCCGCUGGACCUCGCGCUGCUCGAGGAGCUCACGCCGAAUCUGUCCGACGCGUCGCAGCCGCUGCGGCGCGAGACGCUGCGCGUCCUGUGCUCGUUCCGGCAGCCGGCGGCGGCGGCGAACGACACCAACAAGAAUGAGGAGCCCUCCGCGGUGCUGAACACGCUGCUGUCGGUGGAGGCGUGGCGGAGCACGCUCGAGAAUGGGCGCAAGGCCGCGAUGGUGCUCGGGCGCGUGAAGGCGGACAUCGAGUUCGGUCGCAUCCCACCUGAGUUGCGGGCCGCUGUCUCUCACAGCCUCAUCGGGUUGCUGCAUAUCCGAUUCUCGCUGAUCUGGCAGCCGGCGCUCGACGCGCUCGCGACGGCGAACGAGCACAUCCCGCACGCGGCGUGGCCGCCCACGAUCGCGCACGUGACGGCCGCGCAGACUGCGUUCCUGUCGGGGAACAACGCAGGGCACGACGCCGGGACGGCCGUGCCGGGGCUGGAGGACCAGGACGCUCAGGAGGAGCCGGAGAGGCUCGCGGAGCGGUUCGCGGCGCUGGAGGCCGCGGGGGACGCGGCGUCGGGCGGGGGGUGCACGGAUGCAUCCACUCGGCUUGGGCUGUUGCUGAAGGCGCUGCAGAAGGUGCCUUCGGGGGAGCUGGAGCGGGUGCACAAGGAGUGGCUGCCGCUGGCGCUGGAGUACAUUCAGGCGAAGGCGCGGGACGAUACGGGGCUGGAGGAGGAGGCGGGCGACGCGGGGGAGGAGGGGGGGGAAGAGGACUCGGGAAAUGAUGGUUCCGGCGCGGCUGGUGCGGAGGGGGGCGGCGAGGCGGUGGUGGGCGGCGCGGGCGUGAGCGGGAAGGAGUGGCGCGUGCAGAUGCGCGCGUGGCUGGACAUGAUGGCCUGCGUGAAGGGCAUUCGAGGAUUAUAUAGGGCCAAGGAACUGCUCGGCAUGGUUGCCACGCUGGUCGGGGACGCCGACCCCGCGCUGCAGGCCGCGGCCAUCCGGGCGCUGCGCGCGUUCCGCAUCAAGUUCCUCACGCCGUACGCCGACCGCCUGCUCCGUCUGGCGGACAACAAAACGCUCCGGGGGGAGUUGGCUGUCUUCAUGGUGGCGCCGGACGCGCCCGAGGGAGAGGGCAUUCUCAAGCAGCACCGCGCGGGGGUCGUGCCGGUGCUCUCGCGCCUGCUGUUCGCGCGCAUGCGGAAACGGUCCGGGCGCCUCGGCGGGCGUGGCGCACCAGGGUCUGCCAGGUCGGCGAUUCUCAACUUUCUCGGCGCGCUCGACCCGUCGGAGCUGGCGCCACUCAUCGAGCUCUUCCUCAAGCCCGUCUCAGCGAUGUUCGCGCGCCCGGCCCCCGCGUGCUCCGCCCACAAGGACCAAGACACCCCCCCGUGGCCCCGCGACGCCCUCCUCGUCGAGCCCACGUGGUGGUUCGACCACCUCGGCCGCGAGGACGCGCACUGGUGGCUCGCCGCCGUCAGCGCGCCGCGCGCCGCGAAGCUCCCGCACCGCCGCAGGGUCGGUCUCAUCAACGCGCUCGACGACAUCGUAGCGCACCUGGGCUUCGCCGCCGCGCCGUACCUCCCGACCGUCGCCGCGAUCGCCGUGCGCCUGCUCCAGAUCUCGACGGACCCGCCCCCGGACGUCGACGCGCUGCCGACCGCGGAGGCGAAGGAGCUGCGCGUGAAGUCGCUGCGGUUGAUCACGCGGCUGUUCGAGAGGUUUGCCGACGAGGGGGACUUCGGGCCGCUGUGGCCGUGCAUCUUCGCGGCGUGCGGAAAGCUCGCGGAGCGGCUCGCGGCGGAGGUGUCGGCGCCACGGCCGCCUGCGUUGCUGUCGCUGUGUACGGCGCUGCUGUCCGCGCCGGCGCUGGCCGGGGUGCUCGCGGAGCCGCCCGGGAGCGCGAUUCUCGGCGCUGCGCUCGCGACGCUCGGGGCGCCCGCGGCGUCGCCGGCGUCGCUCGGGGAGGCGCUGGCGACUGUGGAGGCGGCCCUCGCACUCGAGGACGACGCGAAGGAAAAGGUGUUGAGAACUCACGUCCCCGAGCUGCUCGGGAACCUCCGGAGCUCCGUCGAGCGCGCGUGGGGGGGCAGCGCGGGUCGCGGCGGCGCGCGCAUGACGCGUAGCGGGCACCGCGAGCUCGCCAUCCUCGAAUCCCUCGCCGACAUGGCCACCGCGCCGCACGACGCCCGCUCCCUCGUCCGCGCCCUCAUCGCUCUGCUCGCGCGGCGCGACGGACGCGGCCGCGCGCUCGCCGCGACGGACCAGGCCGCGAGCGCCCGCGCGCUCCGCACCGUCUCCGCAGUGCUCCGCAGCCCCGCCGCGGGCGCCGCGUUCGACGACGAAGCCGCGCUGUGGGGCCACGUGGACGUCAUCGGCCCUCUCGUCGGGUCCAUGGUGUCGGACGACGCGCGCAGGGCGGUGUGCGCGGCCCUCGCGGCGCUGGCACGGCACCUCCCGGGCGUCCGCGGCGCGGCCGAGGCGCUCGAGGGGCUCAACGCGGCAGCCGAGGGGGGUCUCGGAGACCCUGACUACGACAAGCGCAUGGGGGCGUUUUCGGCGCUUACGGGCGCCGGGUGGACGGCGCUGGGCGCGAAGCAGGCCCCGAUCGUCGUGCACCAGCUGCUGUACGACCUCCGGAACCCUGACGAUCUCGCGCUGCGACAGGCGGCGUCGCAGGCGCUGUCGCGGCUGCUCGAUGCGUCACUCGCCGCGGAGGCGCCAACGGGGCCCGACGGGACGCCGGCGCCGGACGGCCUCGCGGGCGUGGUGUUCCGGCUGCUGCUGCCGCAGCUGAAGACGCGCGCGGCGUCGAGCAACCUCGGUGUUAGGCAGGAACACCUGGCGUUGUUGCGGCAGUCUAUUUUGCGAGCGCCGUGGACGUCGCCGGACUUGGUGAGCCUGGUGAGCGCGGAUCCCGACGCGGACUUCCUCGUCAAUGUCGCGCACCUGCAGCUCAACCGGCGCGUCAAGGCGCUCGCACGGCUGCGCGCGAUGCUGGCCGCUGGCGACGACGGCGGAAAGCAGCUGCCCGGCGUGGGCUCGCUGCUCGGGUUCCUCGUGCCGCUCAUCCAGCAGAUGAUCGUCGAGGGCCGCGCGAAGGAGGAGGGGCCGAAGAUGAAGGACAAGGACGUCGACAGGGAGGCGAACGUCGUCGAUGCCGCAGCAACCGCGCUGGGCGCCGUGGCCGGGCGGCUGCCGUGGCCGCAGUACGAUCAGCUGCUCAACCGCUUCAUCAGGCUCAUGCGCGGCGGGCGGGCUGGCAGGGUGAACCCCGCGACGCAGAAAAAGCUCAUAAAUGCGGUUUGUUCCAUUCUUGACAACUUCCACUUCCUUGCGGGCGUCCGCGACGGCAGUGCGCGGCCGCUCCUGCCGCGCGGCGCUGCGCCGGCGCAGCGCGUCGGCGCUGCGGGCCCCCGGGCGAUCGGCGGGCUCGGCGACGACGAGGAAGCCACCGGAACAACAGCAACAAACACCGCUGGCGCCACCGGCGCUGCUGCAACGGGCGCGGACGCGCCGGCGCAGCCGGCUGCGGAGCGGGACAGUGCAGGGGAGAAGGUCGCUGAUGGAGCGGGCGGCGCGGAGGCAGGGGCGGCGGGGGAGCUGGAGGCGGCCGUUGUUGUUGACGACGAUGGGGAGGACGGAGAGGAUCCGGAGGACGUGCGGGGGGUGUUCGACGGCGGCGCGGAGGCGUCGAGCGAGGACAUUCUGCGCUCGCUCGUCGGGCGCGCGCUGCCGUCGCUGCGCGGGACGCUCGUGGAGCGCGACGGCGAGCACGUGCGCGCGGGCGUGGCGUUGGCGCUCGUCAAAGUCAUUCGCCUUCUCCCGCGCGACAUCGAACAGCUCGAGCUGCCCAAGGUGCUCCAGACGGUCGCGAACGUGCUCAAGAGCCGCUUCCAGCGCGUCCGCGACGACGCCCGGCGCGUCCUCGUCGCGGUGUCGCGAGAGCUCGGACCGUAUUAUAUGCCGUUCCUGGCACAGGUGCUGCAGGCCGCGCUGCCGCUGCGGGGCUUCGCCGCGAACGUGCUCGGGUUCACCAUCCACGCGGUGCUCGAGGGCGCGGCCGGGAAGGGCGCCCCCGGCGCCGAGGCGGGCUGCCUUGACGAAGCGACCGAGCAGAUCCUGCCGAUGCUCGAUGCGGACUUGUUUGGGGCGGCAAGCGAGACCGCGGAGGUCGCAGCGAUCCGUGCGACGUACCGCGAGGCGAGGACGUGCCGCAGCCCGCAGGCGUUUGAGUUGCUGGCGCGUUGGAGCACUUUUGACAAGUACGGGAGGUUUCUGCUGCAGCUGGUGGCGGCGCGGCUGCCGUACGCGUCGACGUCGGCGGCGCUGCGCACGAAGCUGCGCGGGCUGCUCGCGCACGCCGCGCGCGGCACGCUGGCCAACCCAACCGCGACAGCGCAGGAUUUGAUGAUGUUCGUCCAUUCGACGGUGGGACGCGCGCUCGACGCCGAGGAGGCCGCGGCGCGGCACGCGGCGGGCGACGCGGGCCUCGCGGGCGCCGGCACGGACGCGCUGGCGCGAGGGAAGAAGCGCGGCGACCGGAGAGCUGCCGCGGGGUUGACGUACCACCCCACGAUCGGGCCGAACAGCGCCGAGGCGCGGCGGGACACGAACAAGCAGGUGCAGGAGGCGCUACACGAGGGCGCGGAGGCGCUCGCGCAGCAGCGCGAGGGCGCGGUCGGCGUGGACGUGGACGCCGUCGCCGCCAGCAACAACGGGCACAUGCUGAUGGACUUCGCGCUCGGGCUGCUGCACACCGGGCUCAAGAAGGGCCCGCUCGACAAGCGCGACGACGCGACGCUCGGGCUGCUCGACCCCAUGCUGCCGCUGCUCGCGCGGGCCGUCGUGUCGCGCCACACGUCGUGCGCGUCGCUGGCGCUGCGAUGCCUUGCGUUCCUGGUCCACCUGCCGCUCCCGGGCCUCGAGACGACCGCUCCGGACGUCGGCGCGGGCCUCCUCAAGCUCAUGAAGCGCUGCGCGAAGCCCUCGCACCCCGUGGCGCAGGAUUGCCUGCGACUCAUGGGUGGGCUGCUGCGCGACUGCCCGACGUACAAGCCGCCAGCGGGGCACAUCCGGUUCGUGCUGUCGUGGGCGUUCACGGACCUGGAGGACUCUGAGACGCGCGUGGGCCUCUUCUCGUUGCUGCGCGCCGUCAUUGCGCGCAACGUCGUGGUGCCGGAGGUGUACGACGUUGUGGGCCGCGUGCAGGAGCUGAUGGUGAAGAGCCAGCACGCGCCCGUGCGGGCGAUGUGCGCGACGGUCCUGCUCCAGUUCCUCCUCGACUUCCCAGUCGGAGAAAAGCGAAUCGAGCAACAUAUCCUUUUCCUAUUGUCCAACCUCGACUACACCCACGAGACCGGCCGCGAGGCCGUCCUUGACACGCUCGACGCCGUCGUGCGCAAGUUCCCCCCCGAAGCGCUCUCCCGGCACGGCCACGCCAUCUUUCUGGUUCUGGUGUCUACCAUGGUCAACGACUCCUCCCCCAAGUGCCGCGCGGCCGCGGCCGCGGUCGCGCGCGGCCUGAUCGAGCGGUCCUCGCAGGCCGACGCCGACGCGAUGGCCGCGUCCGCGCUCGCGUGGGCCGGCGGCGACAAACCCGGCCUGCGACGCGCGAGCGCGCAGGUCGUGGGUCUGUUCGCGGAGGUCGAGGGCGGUAAGUUCGCGCGCAGGGCGCAGGAGGCGCUCUCGCGCAUGCUGCUCAUCCUCGCGCGGCGCGUCGAGGCGGAGGACGCCACGGAGAACGAGGCGGGAGACGCGGACGCGGACGAGGGCAACGUGGCGGGGGCCGGGGCGUGGCAGGAGGCGUACUACGCGCUGCUCGCGGUCGAGAAGGUCCUCGUCAAGGUCCCCGACGUCGCGAGCGCCUUCCCCGACGAGUGCACGGUGCUCUGGGAGGCUACGUCAGGUCUCCUGUCGGACCCGCAUCUCUGGGUGCGCAAGUCCGCGUCGCGGCUCAUUGGACACGCGCUCGGGUCGGAGACUGCGCGCGCGCAGCUGCUCACGCCCGAGCCGGACGCCCCGGCCUGGCGCACAGCGCACAGUCUUGCGUUGUCGCUGCUGUCGCACCUCCAGGCCCCGCAGUGCGACGACGCGCUCGCCGCGCAGGCCGUCAAGUGCCUCGUCUCCCUGCUGCCGGAGAUGCGCGACGAGAUCGAGGCCGCCGGCUCCGAGAGCGAGAGCGACGCCGAAGACCCAACGCCCGCGUCACGGCCGCCCGGCGUCACCCUCCACGGGCUCGUGCGCCGCAUCGUGAAGCUCGCCGAGGACGGCCGGCGCGCGCGCGAAGUCCAGCGCAGCGCCGCCCUCAAGUUCCUCGCCGCGGCCGCCACGCGCCUCGGCCCCGAACGCAUCGCGCCGUACCUCUCGACCGUCAUGCGGCCGCUCUACCGCGCCGUCGAGGGCCCGCAGGCGGCCGCGACGUCCGAGGCCGUGCGCGAGCUCGCGCAGCAGGUCCUCGCGCACCUACGCGGGGUUGUCGGCGGCGACGCGUCGCUUGCGGCAUGGAGCGCUGCGCGGGACGAAGUGCAGGCGCGCCGGGCGCGCCGGAAGGAGGCGGAGGCGAGGGAGGUGCUCGUGGACCCCGGGGCGGCGGUGGCGCGCAAGGUCGCGAAGCACGGGCGGAAGCGGCGCGCCGAAAAGGAGAAGAUGGAGGAGCUCAAGCGACGCAAGGGGGCGGGAGUCCCCCUGGGGGAGUUGGCGCCGCUGGCGAAGAAGCGGCGGCGGCAGGCGCGCGGCGGCGAGGUGUAG